ACAGACGUUUUUGCAAGGUUUUCUUUAUUUUCUUGGUCAACUUCAUCUCUUGAGCUGUAUGACACACUCCCAUCUUGGUCCACGCUAGGACUGACUGACACUUGACACAGAAUCAUAGAGCCGUUUGAGUUGGAAGGGAUCCUCGCAGGUCAUUCAGUCCAACUCCCCCACAGUGAGCAGGGACACCUACAGUACAUCAGGUUGCUCAGAGCCGCAUCCAGCCUGACCUUGAGCGUGGAGUCAGGCGUGCUGUGAUCUUGCUUGCGACGCUGGAACGAGCAGCGCUCGCACCGGGCCAGCAACGUGCGUUCGGAGCCCUCAGACACAGCGGGGUAGCGCCCGGAGGUUUGAUUUCCUCGGCUUCGCACAGCACGUUCGCAAUUAAAUUCAUUCAUCUUCAGGCGGUGCCGGUGGGCAAACCGGCAGAAGAACGACGAGAGUCCUCUCCGGGCCGUCUCGCUCACGGCCAACGGACCCGCAGCACUGCGGCCAUCCCCCGCUCCGCCGCCCACAGCCGCCCGCGCGCCGCGAUGCUGAGGGCGGUGCCGGCACAGCCCGCCCCGCACGCAGGGUUCGCUUCCGGCGGCCGCCACCCCGCCAUCCCCAACCCCUCCCGGCGGCCUGGCUGCGCGUGCGCCGCGGCCCCGCGUCUCCCCAGCGGCAGCGAAGGAGUUUGGAAGUUCAAAAUGGCCGCCGCGGCGGAGCCCGAGCAGCGAGCGCCCGAGGCUGAGGAUGCUAACGCAUCUGAGAAAAGUACAAAUGAAGAAAAUGGGGAAGUGUCAGAAGCAGAUCAACCUCAGAACAAGCACAGCCGACACAAAAAAAAGAAACACAAACACCGAAGUAAACACAAGAAACAUAAACAUUCAUCAGAAGAAGAUAAGGACAAAAAACAUAAACACAGACACAAACAUAAGAAACAUAAACGGAAAGAGGUAGCUGAUGCCUCUGACAAGGAAGAUGGACCAGCUAAAAGAACUAAAAUUGAUUUUUUAGCUCCUCUGGAAGACUUGGAGAAACAAAGAGCUUUAUUGAAAGCUGAACUUGAAAAUGAAUUAAUGGAAGGCAAAGUCCAGUCUGGUAUGGGAUUAAUAUUACAAGGUUAUGAGUCGGGAUCUGAAGAAGAGGGGGAAAUUAACGAAAAGGCGCGAAAUGGAACUAGACCUGCUACUAAGUCAAACACUAAGGGGAAAUUAGAACCUGUGGAAAAUAAAGCUAGUUCCAAAAAAGGAAAUAAGAGUGAAUCAAAAGAAAGGACUAGGCACAGAUCUGACAAAAAGAAAAGCAAGGUAGCAGUUGAUGGAAUCAAAGAGAAAACAACUAGAAGCAAGUCAAAAGAAAGGAGAAAAUCCAAAAGCCCCUGUAAAAGAAGUAAGUCUCAAGAUCAGACAAGGAAAUCAAGAUCUCCAAUGCUUAAAAGAAGAUCUCAGGAGAAAAACAGGAAGUCUAAAUCUCCCCCAGAAGACAGAAACAAGGCUGACGAUAAGAGUAAAUCAAGGGAUCGCAGGAAGUCUCCAGUUGUAAAUGAAAGCAAAAGUCGAGAUCGCGGCAGAAAAUCCAAAUCUCCAGCAGAACUCAGAAGCAAAUCCAAAGAUAGACGAUCGCGGUCCAAAGAUAGAAAAUCUAGGCGAUCAGAGACUGACAAAGAUAAAAAGCCAAUUAAAUCUCCUUCUAAAGACGCUUCUUCAGGGAAAGAAAACAGGUCCCCCAGAAGACCUGGCCGAAGCCCAAAAGGAAGAAGCUUGUCUCCUAAGCCACGUGAAAAGUCAAGAAGAAGCAGAUCCCCUCUCUUUAAUGAUCGUAGAUCUAAACAGAGCAAAUCCCCCUCUCGAACCCGAUCUCCAGCUAGAAGGUUGAGGAGUAGAUCUGCAGAAAGGAAAAGAAGAGAAUCAGAAAGGAGGCGUCUUUCAUCUCCCAGAACAAGAACCAGAGAUGAUAUUUUGUCUAGACGUGAAAGAUCAAAAGAUAUCAGCCCACCCAGCAGAUGGUCUCCAUCCCGAAGAAGGUCUCGCUCACCCAUUAGGAGGAGGUCUCGGUCACCCCUUCGACGCAGCCGGUCUCCGCGAAGGAGGAGUAGGUCCCCUCGGAGGAGGGAUAGAGGCCGAAGAAGUAGAUCUCGCCUUCGAAGGAGGUCUAGGUCACGUGGUGGCCACAGACGUAGGAGUAGGAGCAAAGUUAAAGAAGACAAAUUUAAAGGUAGUCUUUCUGAGGGCAUGAAAGCUGAACAGGAGUCUUCAUCUGAUGAAAACCUUGAAGAUUUUGAUUUGGAAGAAGAGGAUGAAGAAGCAGAAAUAAGACAGCGAAGGUUACAGAGGCAAGCCAUCGUUCAGAAAUACAAGGGCCAGACAGAAGACAGUAAUAUAUCUGUUCCAUCUGAACCAAGCAGUCCUCAGAGUAGUACGCGCAGUCGCUCAAAUUCACCGGAUGACAUCCUGGAAAGGGUAGCUGCUGAUGUGAAAGAGUAUGAACGGGAAAACGUGGACACCUUUGAGGCAUCGGUAAAAGCCAAGCACAACCUCAUGACAGUGGAACAGAACAAUGGUUCAGCUCAGAAGAAACUGCUGGCUCCUGAUAUGUUCACAGAAUCAGAUGAUAUGUUUGCUGCAUACUUUGAUAGUGCUCGUCUAAGGGCUGCUGGAUUUGGAAAAGACUUCAAAGAAAACCCCAAUCUCAGGGAUAACUGGACUGAUGCAGAAGGCUAUUAUCGUGUUAAUAUAGGUGAAGUUCUAGAUAAACGUUACAAUGUCUAUGGUUACACUGGUCAGGGAGUCUUCAGUAAUGUAGUACGAGCCAGGGAUAUGGCAAGAGCAAACCAAGAAGUAGCGGUUAAAAUCAUCAGGAACAAUGAACUUAUGCAAAAAACUGGUCUAAAAGAACUGGAAUUUUUGAAGAAGCUCAAUGAUGCAGAUCCUGAUGACAAGUUUCACUGUCUAAGAUUGUUCAGGCAUUUCUACCACAAACAACAUCUCUGUCUGGUAUUCGAACCGCUGAGUAUGAAUUUACGAGAGGUAUUGAAAAAGUAUGGGAAAGAUGUUGGUCUCCAUAUUAAAGCUGUGCGUUCCUACAGCCAGCAGUUGUUCCUGGCUUUAAAACUUCUUAAAAGAUGCAAUAUCCUACAUGCAGAUAUUAAACCAGAUAAUAUUUUGGUGAAUGAAUCUAAAACGAUAUUAAAGCUUUGUGAUUUUGGAUCAGCUUCACAUGUUGCAGAUAAUGACAUCACACCGUAUCUAGUUAGUAGAUUUUAUCGAGCUCCUGAAAUCAUUAUAGGAAAAAUCUAUGACUAUGGUAUAGAUAUGUGGUCUGUAGGCUGCACGUUAUAUGAACUUUAUACAGGAAAAAUACUCUUUCCUGGCAAAACCAAUAACCAUAUGUUGAAACUAGCCAUGGAUCUCAAAGGAAAGAUGCCAAACAAGAUGAUUCGAAAAGGUGUGUUCAAAGAUCAGCACUUUGAUCAAAAUCUCAACUUUAUGUAUAUAGAAGUAGAUAAAGUGACAGAAAGGGAGAAAGUUACUGUAAUGAGCACCAUUAAUCCAACUAAGGACCUCUUAGCAGACUUGAUUGGGUGCCAGCGACUCCCAGAAGACCAGCGUAAAAAAGUACACCAGCUGAAGGACUUGUUGGACCAGAUUCUAAUGUUAGAUCCAGCUAAACGGAUUAGCAUCAACCAGGCUCUGCAGCACGCCUUCAUCCAGGAAAAAAUUUAAACCAGAUGAAGAAGUUCAAAGGGUUUGAGUAAUUAAGAUACAAAGACUGAAGAAAAUUUCACAGCAGUUAUUAAUGUAUAUAAACAUAAAUAUUUGCCCUGCAAAGUUGAGGAAGAAAAGAUACAUUUGAAUUAACGUCAAGGCUGAUAUUUCUUUUAGAAAUGUUAGAGUAAUUCUGUUUUGUGUCUUAUGUGAAAAUUUUCACUGUAGAACUGUUUUAAUUGCCAAGACUGCACAGAAGUACAAUGCUAAUGUAUAUGGUUGCAGUUCGUAUAUAUUAUAAAAAAGAAAAAAGCAUCUGUUUAAAAAAAAAAAAAAAAAAAAGAGCAGUAAUACUGGGUGGUUGAUUUGUUUUUAGCAGACUUGGCUUCAUUUUUGUCUUUAAAAAAUGGCCAGCAUAAAUGCUGUUUAUAUUCACAUUUUCCUAGGUGUGUGUGUGCAGGCCACAGCAGCAUGCCCUUGGUGUAGUCAGUGCCGAAGGGGGUCUGUUCCUUCUUGAGCCUGCCCGCAGGGAUGGUCUCCUCUUUUAAAGCAGGUUGUGUACAACUUUCAGUACACUGAAGGCAUAAACCUUCCACUCUUGAACAAAGCAGCUGCUUUUUAAAAGCGAGAAAAAGGAAAGCGAGUCACAGGCCACUCAACGCCUACUCCAUGGGGUCUGAUUUGCUGAGACACCAACUUCACCUUCCUAACAAGGUGCAGCUCAAAAGAAGAUGAUGACUACCAGAAGACAUGAACAAAGGGUAAGUGGCAAUAAACCUCUGAAGAACCUUUAUAUGUAUAUUGACCUGUACACAGAAGGCAGACCAGUCUGUGAGACUACUGGAGAUAAAGCAAUCUUCUACAGCAUGUGUCAGAUUGUAACUGUGCAGAAUGUUGGGAAGUGGCUGUUGCUUGAAGUUAAUAAAGUAUGCUUAAACUUA